UGUUCUCAAGAAAAAUUAAAACUGCAGCCCUAACUCUGAUGUGAGAUUUGGGAGAAGGCGGUCCGACUACUGCAGGUUAUUUCUAUCAAAACAUCCAAUUAUACCCUAAAGAUCUGAAUUUCUACUUUAAGAUUCGUAUUAAUAACGUCGACGGUCGAUCAUCCCUGCUCGAACCAUCCACCUGAUAGCGUGGGACUCCGUAGCGUAGAGUUUCGUGGGACAAGGGUGUUUGUUAUGAGCUCUCCUUGUCGAGAGAGGCUUCUUCCCCAAAUGGAACGCGAGGGCUGCUAGGUUCCAGAGACCCGACCGCCAUGCCGGCGAAGAAGAGGCAUCGCGAAUCGGACUUGGAAUCCGACAUGCCCUCCGGCCGGGAUCUCAUCGGCCUCCUUCCGGACUGCAUCCUCGCCCAGAUCCUGUCUCUCCUCUCCCUCAAAGAAUCCGCCCGAACCAGCGUCCUCUGCACCCGAUGGCGCCGCCUCUGGACCCUCGUCCCACUCCGCCUCCUCGACGACGACUCCCUCCGCUUCGAGAGAACCCCCUGUCAGAGCUACGACGCGCCGCGUUCCCUCACCGACGACGAGGCCUGGUGCGCCCGCUCCAUCACCCAAAUCCUCUCCUCCCACCCCGGACCCAUACGCAGCUGCCGCCUCGUCCGCCGCUUCUCCGACCUGCCCGCUGUAGACGGCUGGAUCCAGGCCCUGACCCGAAAAGACAUCCAAGAAUUCUUCGCAUCCUUCUUCGGCGCCCCGACGCCCCACCCGUUGCCACCUUCCCUCUUCCGCUGCGAAUCCCUGCGGAAGCUGAAUCUCGGUAACUGCCGCUUCCCGGAGCCUCCUCUCCCAUCUCCAACCUUCCCCAACCUCCGAGAUCUAACCCUGCGCUUCGCUUUCCUAACCGAUGGAGCCAUCACCAACUUGCUGUCCAAUUGCCCGGCCCUCCAGAGCUUAGCUCUGCUCAGGUGCUCCGGCCUCUCCAGAAUCACCAUCCGUUCGCCGUGUCUCUGCAGCCUGACGCUGACCAGGGCCAAUUCCAUCAAGAGGCUUGCCGUCGAGGAAGCCCCAGACCUCGAGCGCUUGAUGGUUACCGAAGACACGAUGCAGCAUACGGCUAUAGAGAUUGUCGGCGCCCCAAAGCUGCAGUUGUUAGGCUGCCUGUGUAUGUCUCUCAGGAAACUCGACUUCACCAAGCCUCGCAUCGAGGAUGCCAGAAGGCUAUUCAACUCGAGUAUUCUGGUGCAUAGUCUGAAAAUUCUGGGCGUCAGGGUGGAUUUCAACGAAGGGUACCAGAGGUACAAACUUUCUCGCUUGCUCAGAUGCUUUCCGUGCCUGGAAAGAUUGGAUGUUGAGGUUGUCGACAUGGGCUCGACGUAUGCUCGGCAGGAUUUGAACUAUUGGGAGCGUCAAGAUUCCUUUAAUUGCCUCGUUCAUCACUUAACAAGUGUGACACUGAAAGGUUUUCUAGGCCAAGCAGCUGAUCUGGGGUUCGCCAGGUUUCUUAUCUCAAAAGCACAGGUGCUCAAGGUGAUGACUCUUUAUUGUGCGUCUGCUUCCAGGAAGACAUGGGUAGAAGAUAAGAGAAGCUAUCUAUGCCUUGAUACUAGAGCUUCUUUUGAUGCUCGAGUAAUUAUUGCCAAAGACUUCAAUCUCCGUGACGUCUUCCAACCUUGGAAUUCCUUAUUAGAUUAGUAGUAACUGAGACUGGAACAGGAUGCUAGGGCCAGUCUAGUAAGUUUGUGUUUCAUUCUCCUCUUUUUAGUAGGAACCAUUCUGCCAUUUAGAUUAGCGUGAAUAGAAGACAGCAUUAGCAUGGACUAACACAAGGAAAACGAACACUGAAUGUUCCUAAUGGUGUUGAAAAUCUUUGUUAUUUCUCUAUCAAAAUGAUUAGUUGCUGAAAUUUUGUUUUGGAAGCCUGGUGUAAAUUGUUUCUAUUUAGAAUUUCAUAUGAAACUAUUUUCGAAACAAUUGGUUCUUAUUAGAGCAGAUAAUUAAUUAUGAUCCUGCUUUUUGUA